CGUAUAGUUACGCCGAUGGUGUAUAAGCGCUUAUGCAGUUGGGAACGGCCUACACGCAGAGUCAGUAGAUGUCCCCACCGGACGUCCGUAAUUAUUUCAGUCGGAAGCCAACGAAUUCGUUGUCGGAAACGAUUGCUUUUGAUUUACUUGUCCUUCCGAGAAGCUGGUUUGCAGUCCUAUCUCCAUGGCAUAAAAACAAGCGGAAGUAAAAUGUCUGUGAAGAAGUUACGAAAAAAACAUACGCACGUGUCACCGAGAAUCAAACGUAUUGGCUUUACACAAAAAAAUGAAACGUUUUCAAAAAGCGAGGUGAAGAAGGUUGCAAAAAAUAGCAAGGCUUCAGUAAUUGCUCAUGAGAUAAAAUACGUGAAACUGCUUGCCGACAACGACAAAAAGGUCAGAGAUAAGGUUCUGAAAAAUCUACGAAAAUGGUUAAUAGUUCGAUCUCGAAGCGCUUUUGCCUUUGUGGAGCAAGAUUUUAUGAGGUUAUGGAAAGGCCUUUAUUACUGCAUGUGGAUGUCCGACAAACCCUUGACUCAAGAAGAUCUUGCCGAAGCAAUCAGCAAAUUUGUGCACUGUUUCAACAAUAGCGAAACUACCCUACUCUACAUUAAAUGUACCUUGUGGACUCUUGCGACUGAAUGGUUCGGAAUCGAUCAGCAUAGAUUAGACAAAUUUCAAAUGCUGAUUAGGAGGAUAAUUCGACAAACAUUUGAGAUUUGUAAGAAAAACUCUUGGAGUCAUGAAUGGGUCGACGGAAUUGCAAAAAUAAUUGAAAGUGUGCUCAUAGAAUCAAAAACCACAAUAGGAUUUAAUUUGCAUCUAACGGAAUUAUACUUGGAGGAACUUUCCAAGGUGAGUGGCGGUGAUAUCCCGGAAGACAUAGUUCUCGAAUUAGUGCGGCCUUUUGCAAUUCAGCUUGCUACAAUAGAUGACGGAAGACAGACGCGACAUGUCAUGAAGCACAUAUUUAGGCAUCUUAUUUUUCAAUCCAAUAUAGGCAUGGAUUAUAUUGAACAAUUCGAAGCUUGGAAACAUGCUGGUUUUCCUGGAGGGAACAUUGAUGCUAUGCAAAAAGUAGAAACUGAAAAUGCUGUUGAUGAAUCAGGGAAAGAAAGUAUCGAGGAUGCCGAUGAUAAUGAUAAGUUUGCUGAAACAGGAGAAGAACCUUUGGAUCCGCGAGCCGGAAAAGUUGACGUUGUGUUACCUCAACUGCCAUUCAAUGCAAAAGCCAUGGCUGAAUUAAUCAUACUAUACAGAUUUCAUCCAUCCUCUACAUCUAAAACACGCAAGCAGAUACUCCAGGUGGCCAAAGAGUUUACCGAAUUAUCCGCAGGCAGGAUGCCUCUUGGUAUCAAGAAAAUUGAAUUAUACAAGGGUUCGAAAGGUGAUUUGAAUUCAAGAAGCGCGGCGUUGCGAUUAUUGCAUUUCGAACAGGAACUUUACUCAGAUACAACCCGAGGUAAACGGAAGAAGAAGUCUAGCCACACGAUGGAAAAGGUUGUUGAUUCAGAUAUAGAUUCUCUUCAUACCAAAAAGAAAUCAAAACCUGAAGCUGCAACAAACAAAAAAAAGCGAAAAGUUGACACAUCCGACACAAUAGAAGACAUAUCAAAAUCUGAAAAUAGCAGAAUGAAUCCCAACAAAGUAAAAUCCAAAGCAUUGGAUCAGCCUAAAAACAAAAAAAGAAUCAGAACUUUGAUUGGAGAAGAUUCACUACCAGUUGUCAAGAGGUCUAACGAAAAAAAAAAAAAAAUUGCAGAGACCGAACAAAGUGCAGAGACCAAGACAAGUUUAGUGGAAAAUAUUGUACACAAAAUUAUGAAGAGUCAGAAUAAGAUCGAAAAACUAAAGCAGACGAAUAUUAAGAAUAUAUCAGCCGAUAAUGAUCUCAUAAUUUCUGUACAGUAUUCUAAACCCGAGGCUGGAGUAAAAAAUUUGAAUAAAUAUAGCACUGACGGAAACUGGAGUGUGUCAGAAAAUGUUAAUGCAACUCCUCGAUUACCUAAAAAUCUGAAGGCAGCUGCUGUUGGCGGUAAUGUGCAAGAUGAUCCAAAUGCGAUUAAGCAAUCACAGCAAGACGAUGCUUCAUCUUGGUUAACACCUAUUAGAGCAAAAAAGAUACCGAAAAAUAUGAAAAUCAUAACUAAGAUGACAUCACCCGCCACACCUCAAGCACAGAUAAUCAAGGAAACUGCAUCCUCAAGUUCAAAAAAAAAAGUAAAAAUAGUCCUUCAAAACAAUACGUCACAAUAUACAUCAGAAUACAUGCGUCAAUUACGUCAGAGUCCAGCCAUACCUUUUGAUGCAAGCCGGAAACCUCUAGUAGGUGUCCUUAAGCCUAGCCCUAUACCUAGCCCGGUAAAUCCAUUCUACAGAAGGUGAUGUAAAUAAAUGUUUCAUUUUUCUACCAACUACUGCUAAAUAGAUUGAUAUUAUUUUUCCUGUAUUAUUGUGAAAUAUGGAGAGGGGACUGUAUGUAAUUCCUUAUAUUUUCUAUUUUCAAACCAGUUACAUUUGAUGACCGCAAUUUUUUUUCAACAUUAAUUAAAAAAUUAAUCGCAAUGCGCCGUUUAAUUUUACUAAAUUCUAGAUAUUUGAAUACAUCGUCAAUUUUUAUUAUGUUUACAAAGUUCAGAUUUCAUGAAUAUUUGGUAUCCUGUAAACAAGUACACUUCGUAAAUAUUGAAAUACAUUUUUUAGUUACGAGAACAUCUGAGGAAGAACGUAAAGCUUAUGGUUAUAAUACAAUCACAGUCAUCAUAAUGUCUCAGCUGCGAAAGGCAGUUAACUCACUAAAUAGUAAGCAUAUCACUGAAUAAUUUACUGGGUUUGAAAUAUUCUAUCAUACACCCUCAAAUUUUACCAACAUUAUCACCUUUUCUCCAUAUUGAGCAGACAAUAUUUAUUCAGUUGAUAAUGCGUCGAUGUACCGAUUAUUAUUAAAUGAUACAAACGAUAAUAUCAUUUCACUACAGAUAAGGGGAACUCGGAUUCAAGCUUUAUGGUUUUGUCCAAAGACAAACCAACAUGGGUCUGAGUUGGAAAUUUUAAACAAACGACAUAGAUAUUUUUUUUUUAUUUGAAAAGAACAAUUAUCCAAAUUCUGAUUCUGAUUAUUGCUUAUUGGAGAAUUGAUCACAAAGAGAGACCAAAUUGAUGAUUAGUUGAAAAAAAUUAUGUGUCGCAAGUGUUGUUAAAUCUAAUUGGCGUGUGUGAAAACUGGAAAAUAAAUUGCUGAAUAAAAAAAUCUCACUGAACUUUGAAAUGCGGCAGCACAUUCGAUUCUGUAUAAUUAUUAACACGUUGUUGUUUUUUUGAUCAUUUUUGUUUUUUUAUUUUCCAAUUUCUGCUAAAGAUUCUUCAGCAUACGAACACGGGGUUUCAUUAUCACAGGGUUCAGAAUUAAAAUAUGUUUCCAAAUUUUUAAAUAUCAUUGAGUAUUUCGAUGACUUGCUAUUAACUGGAUCGAACACAGACGACACAAAGCUGACCUGUCCUUUUAUGAUGAUUUCAUGUAAUUUGAAUAUAACUUGAGUGGGAUUCAAUAAAUGUUGCAGUUUUUUUUUUUGGAUCUCGCGUCCAACUGUUUUAGUGUGAUUUGUACACGCUUGCAUAAAACGACUUGAUUUUAUCGUGUUCUCAAACUAACUUAGGAUUAACAAGACUAUUUUCACAUUUGCUACCACAUAUUGACACCAAUAGUUUAACAAGUUAUUCUCGGCUAUUAAGAAUUAUUAAUAUACAUCACGACACACUUACGUAGCUAUUCAUUAUGCCAGAGUAAUUUGCUCAGAUUUUUGUGUACCUGAGUAUACCUAUAUUGAAGGUACACUAGUUGAUGUAAAUAACCAGUGCCUGGAGGUGUGGCUAAUUUAUAAAUAUUAUAAGGUAUGUGCUAGAGUUCAUCUAUCGAUACAUACAACCAGCUAUUAUGGUUUCAAUACUUGAAUUCUCAUUGCUAAACAGAUUCAAUGAAAAUCACAAGUUUCUAGAUUUCAAUAAUCUCCAACAUGUUUUAUCUGUCUCUUUUGAAUGGUCCUGCUUGUAAGACAUAUUACAAAUAUUGCAAAUUGAAUUUGUUCAGACAAUACAAGUGUUGUUGACCAUAUAGCUGCUUCUUUGGCACGUGAAUUCACUUCUUAACUUACGUCGAGAUAUGCUAAAUCUACAUCUAAGGAAAAAUAUAUUUUUUCAUCUUGUCAGCUUCCAAUACGUACAUGUUAUCUGGUUACAAAACAGCUACAACUCAUUCAAUCUACAAUUAACACUAAGUGAAUUAUUUACAUGCAUUUGAUUGCCAAAUCUUUAUCAAAGUACCAUCAGAGCUUCACUUUUUGUUCAGCUGAAAAAUUGAUUAAUCUGAACUUUGAGUUUUUUGAUGAGUUAUCUUGUUGUAUAAUACUCGUUGGAAGUAAUAUACUACUUGAACAAAUGAAACAAAAUAUCGGAAUAUUUCUCAUUAUUCCAAAUGAUACAGACACCACAAAGCUUGGUAAUAAAAAUAGUGUAAAAGUUUCAACGUCCUACUCUUCUAAUAUUGUCCGCGGUAUACAUCAGUUUUCAAUUAUCCCAUGAAGAUUCUGAGCUAACUUAUUCAUUUUGAAUAACUUACUAUGUUCCUUUUGAUUCUUUAACGAAGAUUUGUUACAUCACUCAAUGUUAAUCCUAAUUUGUACAAGACAUUGAUAAGAUACUGUAAAUGACUGUUUGAAAUACAUGUUGUUUAAAAUUCAA